GCAACUCGUAUGUUUCUGUAUUUCCUGCAAUUAAAAAAAAAAUCAAAUUUGGAAGAAACGUGGAUUAAAAGAAGAGUAUGGGCAGAUAUGCCCCCGGCAAGACAUACAAAUAUAAGGCCCAAACGAAGCAAUCGCCACUGAAUAAUGUCAACGCAAUGUUGGACGCUGGACAGAAUAUAGCCAUGGAGAACAUCACAAGGCAACUCCAAGGCAAGGUGUUCAUUCAACGAGACUACUCUGAAGGCACAGGAGUUAAAUUCCAGACGAAGCUUCCUCAAGAACUCAUCGAUCGGAUUGAUCAAACCAGGUUCGAGUUCACCAUCAACAAACUGAACGAGUUUUAUGCAGAGGCUGAGAGGUUAGGUGCAAGGACUUACUGUGAAAGCUGCCUCGCAUGUUUGACAGCCUACACAGUACUUGUCUGUAUGACUACACAUUAUGAUAAGUGUGUAAAAAAGGCAGGACUAUUCAUACAGCAGCAGAAUGAUGAAAUCUAUGCUCCACGAGGUUUGGUCAUCACAGACCCGUUUACACGGGGACUCAGGGUUAUCGAGAUCACGGUAUAUGCCACAGACACAUGAUAAGAGUCUGGCCAUGGGAACUCAUGGUUGUAUCUACUUCUGGCGUAAUGAUCGUCGAUCAGGGCACGGAAUACCAACAUCUCUCAUGUAAAUAGCCUGACCAAGACAUUUUCAUACCUGUUUUUAUGUAAAUAGGAAUAUGACUAUAAAUAUAAUUGUAUAGCGAUAUUCGUAACGUCUGAGAAAUUUAUGUGAUCUAAUGCUUUCAACAGUUAUUCUUCAUACUGCUGAUGUGCUACCCACUAAUGGCCAAAUGAAAUAUAAUUCUGAAAAGUAUAUUAAAAAUAUGUAACAUUGUAUUAAAGUAUACAUGUUAAUUGAGAUGAUAUUGUAAUUCAAGAAGAUUUGAAUUUGAAAACUAGUGAAGCAUUUGGUUUCUAGCAUGAUACUAGUGAUCAGUGACAUUCUGAGACCAAUUUUUAUCUUGAUUAGAAUAUGAAUAGCCUCUACAUUGUAUUUGAUAUUAGGGGAGGGGAUGUAUAUUUUAAAAACUCAUCUCAAUGGAGAUUUCAUGAAACCUCCAAUCAUUAACUUGAAGUAUCCCAGUUUGACCUAAGACUAAGAGAUAGGUGAUGAUAGCAUUAAUUGUGAAUGUGGCUCUCAAACUAAAGUUUACAAGUGGUAUUGAGGUUCACACACGUUUCAUUAUUUGUA